AUGGCCGAGCAGCAAGGAGGUCGGCAGCCUUCAGACCCGUUCAAGCCAGCAGACUUGAACGGGGACAAGCGAAUUCUUACCCCAACGAUACCCGGGGCCGCCCACUGUUCGUUUACUUCAGGCGCAGCACCGAACACGAUCUACGUUCCGCUGAUCAAUCAGACUAUCAGAAGAAACCGCAUCGUAGAAGUUCCCGAGAUCCAUGUCGUUGAGAAGCUGGUUCCGAAGAUACAAGUACAGGAUGUGAUCCGAAAAGUGCCGCGAACGGACAUUCAAUGGGUAGAGAAGAUUGUUGAAGUCCCUCAGAUCCAGGUUGUCGAGAAGAUUGUCGAAGUCCCUCAAAUUCAGGAGAUACGCCGAGAAGUUCCUCGCGUCGAGGUUCAAGAAGUCGUUCAUAGGGUCCCACGCUACCAUGUACAGCACGUAGAGAAAUACGUCGAGGUCCCUCAAAUCCAGUACGUGGAGAAAUACGUGGAGGUGCCACAGAUCCAAGAGGUUGUCAAAUACCGGGAGAGAGUUGAGAUUGUUGAAGUCCCUAUCGAGAAAAUCCGCGAAGUCCCGCGCAUCGAAGUCAAAGUUGUCGAGAAAAUUCGGCAUGUGCCUGGGCCAAUCGAGUACAUCGACAUUCCUCAGGAACGCAUAGUCGAAAAACCAGUGUAUGAAACUAUUGAAAAGAUCGUCGAGGUACCAGAAGUGCAUGAUGUUUUAGUGGAGAAGCCCAUCAUGGUGCCAGUUCCCGGUCCUGAAGUAGAGAUCCCCAUCGAAGUCCCUGUGUACUACGACGUUCCCGCGUACUACCCCGGGCCCGUGAAGGUCAUUCCAAUUGAGAAGGAGAAGCUCUACGAGAAGCUAGUCGAAAUUCCUGUACCGGUUGCUCAAGAGAGCAUCCGAGUCGUGCGCGUCCCACACCAAGUACCAGUAGAUGUUUAUAAAGAGGUCCCGGUGCCCCGCUACGUCGACCAGAUCGUCGAGGUUCCUGUACAGGUUCCCGUUCCGCAACCUCCCCCCGUGAUUCAUCCAGUCCUUCAAAACCAAAUUAUCGACGAAGACCCUAUUUACGAGCAAGCGCCUCCACGGUACAUUUAUGAAAAGCCGGUAUGGGCGGCUCCUGUGUACGAAAACGCACCUCGACUGCCUCCGAUAGAAUCUCCUGCUCACGCCCAUCCAAACGCUAUUGCUGCAUGGCGGCCACAGCCUGGUCCUGAGCCACGGGCGUUCUCUCGUGACAGUAGUGUUCAACCGGGUUCCGGCUCUCAGAAGUAG